UUUUUUAUCUGAUUGGAGUCAAUCUGUAAUCGAAAUCCAGUGAAUUGUUUUCUAGUUUUUUUUUUCUUCGUUUUCAUUAUAAAUUACAAUAUACCAAAUUUUGAUACUUUUUUAACGUUGCCGUCGAUUGACAAUAUAAAAUCGACGUGAUUUUUAUGAGAAAAAAAAAACACUUUUUGUACGCGUAACAUUUUGCAUCUGUAGUAAAUAUUUUGUAUUACAAUAAUUUGCCGACAACGAUUGGAUCGGAGAUUGCAAAGUGAAUAUCUGAAAAAGAGAGAGAUAAAAAAAUGGAUGAACAAGAGAAACUUUUGGGCGAUGCGAUUGCGGUGAUUCGUAGUCAAGCCUUUCAAAUGCAGAGAUUCCUUGAUAAAAAUCGUUUGAUGGACGCAUUGAAAUGUGCCAGCAAUAUGUUGGGCGAGCUCCGUACUUCACUUUUGUCACCCAAAAACUACUAUGAACUUUAUAUGGCAAUCACAGACGAAUUGCGUCAUUUGGAGGCCUAUUUAUUGGAAGAGUUUGAAAAAGGCCGAAAAGUGCCCGACCUUUAUGAGUUAGUUCAAUAUGCCGGCAAUAUUGUGCCUCGUUUAUAUCUCCUAAUUACCGUUGGUCUAGUUUACAUCAAAACCAAUCCAUCACUAAACAAAAGCAUUUUGAAGGAUUUAGUUGAAAUGUGCCGUGGUGUGCAGCAUCCACUACGUGGACUUUUUUUACGUAAUUAUCUAUUGCAAUGUACGCGCAACGUACUGCCCGAUGUGGUCGAGGCAACCGAUGAACAAGAAGGAACUGUUUUUGAUUCCAUUGAUUUUAUAUUAAUGAAUUUUGCUGAAAUGAAUAAAUUAUGGGUGCGAAUGCAACAUCAAGGCCAUUCAAGUGAACGAACACGUCGUGAGAAAGAGCGUGAAGAAUUGAAAAUUUUAGUUGGCACCAAUUUGGUGCGAUUGUCACAAUUAGAAUCGGCCACAUUAGAUACUUACCAAAAAUUAAUAUUGCCCGGUAUUCUUGAGCAAGUGGUGAGUUGUCGUGAUGCCAUCGCACAAGAAUAUCUCAUGGAGUGUAUCAUUCAAGUCAUUCCCGACGAAUUUCAUUUGCAAACACUUGAUCCGUUCUUGAAGUCAUGUGCACAAUUGGAAUCCGGUGUUAAUGUGAAAAACAUCAUUAUUUCACUCAUCGAUCGACUCGCUGCGUACAAUCAACGCAUCGAAAAGAAUCAAGUAUCAGCGGAUGACAAGAGUCCAACAGCAAUACCGUCGGAUGUUCAAUUGUUUGAAGCAUUUAGUGUACAAAUUGCCAAUAUUGUGCAGAUUCGUACUGAUAUGCCAUUGGAAGAUACCGUAUCGUUGCAAGUGGCUUUGGUGAAUUUGGCACAAAAAGUCUAUCCAGAUCGAGUCGAUUAUGUUGACAAAGUAUUGGAAACAACAAUUCAAAUUCUUGAACGUUUGAAUAUGGAGAAUAUUGCGCAUACGUUAUCUGUUAAUCAAGAAUUGUCACGAUUGUUACGAAUUUGUGUUGACUUCUACAAUGAUGCAUUGACUCUUAUAAAAUUGGAGCACUUCAGUCCUUUAUUGCAGAAAUUCGAUUAUACAUCGCGAAAAUCGUUGGCACUUUACAUUGUAUUGAAUAUAUUGGAUAAUGAGACGUUAAUUCCAACAGCCGAAGAGGUUGAUAAUAUCCUUGUUAUGAUUGCACCGUUAAUAAAAGAUGAAGCAGAUCAGCCAGCUGAAAAAAUUGAUCCGGAAGAUUUUGCUGAAGAGCAGGGUAUUACCGGUCGAUUUGUGCAUUUAUUGCAUAGCGAUGAGCCCGAUCAACAGUAUAAAAUACUUCAAAUUGCGCGUAAGCAUUUCGGUGAAGGUGGUACAUUGCGGAUUAAGCACGUUCUGCCAUCGUUGGUAUUCCAAGCAUUUCAGUUGGCAUGUAAAUACAAAAGUAUUGCCGAAACCGAUGAGAUGUGGGAUAAAAAGUGCCAGAAAAUUCUUCAAUUUUGUCAUAAUACAAUAACUGCGUUGGCACGAUCCGAUUUACCUGAUCUUGCGUUACGACUAUUUCUUCAGGGUGCAUUGGUUGUUGGCCAACUUGGAUAUACAAAUCAUGAGACAGUGGCAUACGAUUUUAUGACUCAAGCAUUUUCAUUGUACGAAGAUGAAAUCUCCGAUUCAAAGUCACAAUUGGCCGCAAUUACAUUGAUUAUGGCAACGUUUGAACAAAUGUCAUGUUUUAGCGAAGAAAAUGCCGAACCACAACGAACAAACUAUGCAUUGGCCGCUGCCAAAUUGCUAAAGAAACCGGAUCAAUGUCGGGGUGUUGUGAUUUGUGCCAGCCUAUUUUGGAGCGGAAAAAAAAAUGGCGAAGAAAUGCGUGACGAAAAACGUACAUUGGAAUGUCUGAAGAAAGCAGCAAGAAUUGCAUCACAAUGCAUGGAUACUGGCGUUCAAGUGCAAAUUUGUGUGGAAUUACUCAAUCACUAUCUCUUUUACUUUGAACGAGGAAACUCAUUGAUCACCGUUGAUUUGUUGAAUCAGUUGAUCGCAAAAAUAAAUGAAGAACUUCCAAAUCUCGAGCAAUGCGAAGAAUCAAAACAGAUUGAGGUGCAUUAUCAAAAUACAUUGGCACACAUUCGAAGUCGUAUGAAAUCAAGUGAUUCAACUGGUUUGGAGGUGUCAUUUGAAGGGAUCACCUUAAGUUAAAUCAAAAGUAUUGUGUAUUGUGAUGAUUUGUUUAUAUUUGCAAUUCUAAAUGAUUUCAUUAUACACACAAACACAUUCACAUCCCGUGAAGAAAUUAGAUUUAGUUGAGUUUUUUUGAGAGAAACAUUGUAAUCGAAUCUUUGACCCGAUUCAUUCAUACAAAAAAAACCGAACGAAUAAAAUUUCAAUAAAAAAUUAAGAAAAC